CUGUUAUUCGGUUGAUGGGAAGAGUGAACAUUUUAUUUUAUAAAUAUAUAAGAUGAAUAAGACGAAUAUAAGAAUGCAGUGACAAUUUAAUGAACAACAGAUGGCAGUAAUGCAACGUUUUGGAUGCCAACUGCCCUAAAACACGAAGAAGUGAUUCGGUUGGGGAAAGAGUGUCCAAACACAGAAAAACUGCUGGUCUACGUGACACUGUUUUAAAGAUGGCGUUUCUUAACGCAUUUAUGGCUUUUAUUAAAGAGAGAGAAAGUGAAGACAUGAAGAUUGAGGAAGCAUUCAGAGUGAAACAAGAAGAUACUGAGGAACAAACGAAGAUGGUGUUUAUUAAAGAGAGGAAGAUUGAAGGAGCAUUCGGUGUAAAACAAGAAGGUACUGGGGAACAAACAGACAUUAUGCAGCUGAAAGAGGAGAGUCCAGAACUAAAUGAAAAAGAAGAAAAAGAUCAGUAUGAGAAACAUGAAUUUAUAACUGGAGAAAAAAUGUCUAUUCGCUCUCAUACUGGAGGGAGUUUUGAUCCACAUAGAAACUUUAAAGCCCACAUGACUGUUCACUCUGGAGAACAGCCUUUUACCUGUCAACAAUGUGGAAAAAGUUUCAACCAGAAAGGAAGCCUUAAACGCCACGUGAGAAUUCACUCUAGAGUGAAGCCUUACACAUGCUCUCAGUGUGGCAAGAGUUUCUGUCGACAAGAACGCUUUAUAGUUCACAUGAGAAUUCACACUAGAGAGAAGCCUUACAUCUGCCAACAGUGUGGGAAGAGUUUCUGUCAACAAGAACGCUUUAUAGUUCACAUGAGAAUUCACAAUGGAGAGAAGCCUUACAUCUGCCAACAGUGUGGGAAGAGUUUUUAUCAACAGAGAAACCUUAAAUCUCACAUGAUAGUUCACAGUGGUGAGAAGCCUUUCACCUGCCAACAGUGUGGAAUAAGUAUGAGUACAAAACGAAGCCUUAACAGGCACAUGAGAAUUCACACUGGAGAAAAGCCAUUCACCUGCCAGCAGUGUGGAAAGAGUUUCACUCAAAAACAAAGCCUUAAAAACCACAUGCAAGCUCACACUGGAGAGAAGCCUUUCAUUUGCCCGAAGUGUGGAAAGAGUUACACUCUAAAAGAAAGUCUUAAGGCACAUAUAAGAAUUCACACUGGAGAGAGUCCUUACAUCUGCCAACAGUGUGGAAAGAGUUACACUAGCAAAGGAAACCUUGAUGUCCACAUGAGACUUCACACUGGAGAAAGGCCUUUUACCUGCCAACAAUGUGGAAAAAGUUAUAUUCAAAAUGGAGCCCUUAAAAGCCACAUGAGAAUUCACACUGGAGAGAAGCCUUUCACUUGCUCUCAGUGUGGAAAGAGUUUCUGCCAACAAGCAGGCUUUAUAGUCCACAUGAGAAUUCAUACUGGAGAGAAGCCUUUUACCUGCCAACAAUGUGGAAAAGGUUUCAUUAAAAAAGAAGCCCUUGUAGUCCACAUGAGAAUUCACACUGGAGAGAAACCUUACACAUGCUCUCAAUGUGGGAAGAGUUUUGAUCAACAUAGAAACCUUAAAGCACACAUGACAGUUCACACUGGAGAGAAGCCUUUUAUUUGCCAACAGUGUGGAAAGCAUUUCUCUAAAAAAGGAAACCUUGAAGUCCACAUGAGGGUUCACACUGGAGAAAAGCCAUUCAUAUGCCCUCGGUGUGGAAAGAGUUUCGAUCAGCAAGGAAACCUUACAGUCCAUAUGAGAGUUCACACUGGAGAGAAGCCUUUCGUCUGCCAGCAAUGUGGAAAAAUUUUCGCAAAAAAACAAAGUCUUGAACUCCACAUGUGCAUUCACACUGGAAAGAAGCCUUACACAUGCCUUCAGUGUGGCAAGGGUUUCCUUCAAAAAGGAGGUUUUAUAGUCCACAUGAGAAUUCACACGGGAGAAAAGCCGUUCACAUGUAAUCAGUGUGGAAAUAGUUUCAGACGUAAAAUAUUCCUUAAUAAACACAUGAGAAUUCAUUUAUAUCUAAGUGAAGAUACUGAAGAACAAACAAAGAUGGCAUUUAUUAAAGAGGAGAUUAAAGAAAUGAAGAUUGAAGAAGCGAACAGUGUGAAACAAGAAGAUGUUGAGACACAAACAGACCUGAUGCAGCUGAAAGAAGAGAGUGAAGAACUUAAUGAACUGAAAGAGCAAUAUCAGUAUGUGAAACAUCAUGAUUUCACAACUGGAGAAAAAUCGUAUAGUUUCUCACAGACCAAAAAGUCCUCCUCACGGAAAAGACCACAAAAAACAGUUGCUAGAAGUCAUUUCACCUGCCCAGAGUGUGGAAUUGGUUUUGAUAAACUCGCAAACCUUAAAGUCCACAUGAGAAUUCACACUGGAGAAAAGCCUUUCUCCUGCCAACAAUGUGGAAAAGGUUUCACUCAAAAAGUAAGCCUUAUAAGCCACAUAAGACUUCACACUGGAGAGAAACCGUACACAUGCCCACAGUGUGAAAAAAGUUUUACCCACAAAGAAAGCCUUAAAAAUCACCUGAGAAUUCACACCGGAGAGGACCCUUUCACCUGCCAACAAUGUGGAAAAAGUUUCUCUCAAAAAGGCAGCCUUAAAAUCCACAUAAGAGUUCACACUGGAGAGAAGCCUUACACAUGCAAACUGUGCGGAAAGGCUUUUACAAAUAAAAAAACCCUUGAUUCCCACAUAAGACUUCACACUGGAGAAAAGCCUUUCUCCUGCCAACAAUGUGGAAAAAGUUUCACUCAAAAAGGAGGCCUUAAAACCCACAUAAGACUUCACACUGGAGAGAAACCGUACACAUGCCCUCAGUGUGAAAAAAGUUUCACACAUAAAGAAAGCCUUAAAAAUCACUUGAGAAUUCACACUGGAGAGGACCCUUACACCUGCCAACAAUGUGGGAAAAGUUUCACCUAUAAAGCCAGCCUUAAAAUCCACAUAAGAGUUCACACUGGAGAGAAGCCUUACACCUGCAAAUUAUGUGGAAAGACUUUUACAAAUAAAAAAAAUCUUGAUUCCCACACGAGAAUUCACACGGGAGUGAGGCCUUUCACAUGCAAAAUGUGUGGAAAAAGUUUCACUCAAAAAGGAAGCCUUAACAGGCACAUUCACACUGGAGAGAAGCCUUACAUGUGCAAACUGAGUGGAAAGAGUUUUACACAUAAAUCAAACAUUGAUUGCCACAUGCGAGUUCGCACUCGAGAGAAGCCUCACAUCUGAAAACUGUUUGAAGAGCUACUCACAAAAAGGAAAUCUUAUGAAUCACAUGAAAAUUCACACUGGAGAAAACACGUUUUCAUGUGUUCAGUGUGGAAAUAGUUUCAGUUGUACAGUUGACCUUAACUGCCACACUGUAAAAAAAUAUAUGCCUCUCCAACAUAAAAAUUUCUAGUGACCCGUUGCACCUAAAAUUUUUAGUUGGCCCAAUUUAAGUUGCGGAAACCAACUUAUUUGUGUUGUGCUGACCCCUGCAUGUCGACCUAACUUGAAAUAGAAUGUUGUCAAUUAAAUAUUUUCUGUUGACUAAACAGCUUGUUGGGCCAAUGAACAGACUCAAAUUGAAAUAAAAUGUUGUAUUAAUUAAAUAUUUCAUGUUGGCCAAAAAGUCUAUUUUUCAUUAAUGUUGGUCAAAAAAGUCUCUUUUUCAUUAUUUCAAAUAAAUUACACACUAGGCUCUGAUAGAGUACAUUUUAUGCAUUUAUUAAAAUACAAAAGACUUGCCUGUUAGUCUCAAGUAAAAUAUUACACAAGUAUUCAAAUAGUGCCGAAACAAGAUCUGAGAGUUCAAGAAAGCA